GAUGCUUUAGCUCCCUUAGUUUUUGGUCAACUGAUUGAGCACUUGUGUAAAUUCAUCAGUAACUGAUUAAAUCAGAAGGGAACUUUGAGUUUUGAUCCGCUCAAUUUGGAUAUUUUAAAGACGUUUUAAAAAUAUGUAACUUAUUGCCCGAUUGCUUUGCUAGUUAAAGUCUUUCCUGUAAGAAAUAUUCAGUAGGUUUUUGUGCUGGGUUGAGGUUUGGGUUGAAUAGCUUUAAUAAUUUUUGUUGGCUGUCUUGUUUCUACAGGUGUUGGAAAUUAACAGCUCUUCUAGCUUUUACAUUAUUUAAAUACAGUAGUGUCAUUGGACUAAAAUGUUCCUGAUGUCAGCGUCUUCAGAGUUGAACAGUGGGCAGAACUUCUUAACCCAGUGGAUGACCAGUCCUUCUCGGGCUGGGGUCAUAUUAAAUCGUGGAUUUCCUGUUUUGGAAGCAGAGGAAGAGAAGCGAGCAAAUGUGAACAUUUCUACCAGCUUUCCUAUUAAACCCACAGAUUUUUCAAAUAGCUUCAGCUUUAUAAGUGAAGAAGAUUCACUUCAUGAAGAACAGAAGUUGGAGCCCAACAGCCCUUACAAGUUACAGUCAGAUAAAUCUGAAACACAGAGAGUCUUUCCUUCAGCUAAAGAGGGAACACAAAUAGUGGCAUGUCAGCAUGCUCCUGGACGCUGGGAGGAUAACAAAAAUGAAUUUAUUUCAGAUCCUGUGAAUGAAUUCAAAGAAGUGGCUUAUAAAGACCCACUUUUUAAAAAGCUUGAACAGCUGAAAGAAGUACAACAGAAGAAGCAGGAACAACUGAAGAGGCAACAGUUGGAGCAACUGAAAAGACUCAUGGAGGAACAGGAGAAGCUGCUCACCAUGGUGUCUGGGCAGCAUACACUCCCAGUGCCUGAUGACCAGAGCCAGAAGUACAGAUCUCCAGGAAAUUCAGCCACUGUAGAGAAACCCACGCCCUUCUUACCAUCAUAUAUCGACCAGAAUCAAACCCAAGAAAAAAAACACACUUCCAACAUUUUAGCCGAUGAACAAAACAGCUUCCGUAGAACUACUCAUGAAGAUUUUGUCUUAACUUCAGAAAGUGGUGCUUCUCCCAAUUUGUUUUAUGAGGCUCAAUAUCAAGAAGCACUUGUGAAAAAAAAUGAUUUGAAGGAAGAAAACCAUAACCAUCCUAAAGGAGAAGGUAUUUUACCAUGUUCGGGGAAAAUGACGGAACAGAUUCGGGAAGGGAACGAUACGAACUUACAAAAAAUUGGUGAUUCCUCAGAAGUGGUUAAUGUUGAAGAAAGGCCUAUUAAAGCUGCUAUUAGAGAAAGGAAACAAACCUUUGAAGACUACUUAGAAGAACAAAUUCAGUUGGAAGAACAAGAACUGAAACAAAAGCAGCUAAGGGAAGCAGAAGGAUCCUUGCUAAUCAAAGCCAAACCAAAACAACCAUUCUUAAAACGAGGAGAAGGUUUAGCUAGGUUUACUAAUGCUAAAUCUAAGUUUCAGAAGGGGAGAGAAAAUAAACUAGUCACUACUCAGAGCAUUUCAGAGGACAAACCUGUGUUUAAGUUAGAUAAACAGCAAUUCCAGCGGAAAACUGCUCUUAUAAAUAAAGAACUGUGUACAGAGAACCUUCCUGUCAAAAAGAACAGUAAAGCCAGAACAAAGAGUGGUUGUGUCACGCUCAGUCAGAAGCCAAAAGUGCUUAAGGGUAACAAUAGGAAAAGUCUCUCUCCAGCAGGAUUGAAGAUGCUGGCAGGGAAGAAAUGUGAUGGGCAAUUUAGAGGUCAGAUCAAUUUAGAGAAAAAGGUAGAAUCUAAUAAUAAAGAAAACGUACCCGAGUGUACAAAACCUUGUGACGUUGGUUGCAAAAUCUGGAAUAAGACACAAGGUAAAGACAGACUUUCCCUUUCGACAGGGCUGGCCAGCUGUGUGGCUUCUAAGAGCCCAAUAAGUGAGACUUCGAAAGAGUCAGAAUCUUCUCUUGACAUUUCUCUUCAGAAAAAGUUGGAGAAUUGGGAACGAGAAAAGGAAAAGGAAAAUUUGGAAUUAGAUGAAUUUUUGUUUUUAGAACAAGCUGCUGAUGAAAUAUCAUUUUCUAGUAAUUCCUCAUUUGUCCUGAAGAUCUUAGAGAGGGACCAGCAGAUCUGUAGAGGUCACCGGCUAUCUUCGACUCCUGUCAAAGCUGUGCAGCAAGAGAAGACACCACCGGCUCCCAUUAGUGAGUGUAACCAAAAUGAGGAUCCAGACCGCACCAAGUGUGAAAGUAAGGGUGAGUGUGAGGUUGCACCCAAACAGCCUGAUCCAGCGUCCGCACCUGGUGGAUCGCGGGAACAGUCCUGUAAAGUCAGUAGGAAAGUGUUCCAAAUGAGCACUUGUGAAAGUCCAGCUAGGUGGGAUGCCAGGGAUGACGAAGGUGGUACAGGCAGUGAUGGUAGCACUGAUUCUGAGGAACAACUUGAUGUCACCAUAAAACCAUCAGCUGAGGAUAAAGAAAGGGGUUCCAGCAGCAGAGAAGAUAGUCCCCAAGUCUGUGCUGGGAGGGGCCCUAUACGGGACACCAGGACUCGAGAAGAAGAUAAGAGGAGAGAUGUUGAUUUAGAUUUGUCUGAUAAAGAUUACAGUAGUGACGAGUCUAUCAUAAUAGCAAGCUUGAAAAAUAAAGCUUCUGAUUCCUCAAGAAGACACCCAUCUAUGAGUAAAAUUGACUUUGAUGAUGAAAGAACUUGGACUGACCUUGAAGAUGAUUCAUUUAAACAUGAUGUUAUUCCUGGGAAUGAAGCCGUUUAUGGGACUCCCCAGACAGCCUACCCUAAUAAGAGUGAAAUAUGUGUACCGGACAAAACAAUAAAAAGGAAGGUUGCACCAGUCAAGAAGGGAGAAGACUUGACUAAAUCCAGUAGGAGCACAAGUCCUCCUCCUACCUCGGAGCUGAUGAUGAAAUUCUUCCCUUCUUUGAAACCAAAAUCAAAAUCAGAUUCACGCUUGGGAAAUGAACCCAAGUUAAACAUAAAUCAAGACCAACCACCUGGUGACAAUGCUCGAUCUCAAGUUUUGAGAGAGAAAGUUAUUGAAUUGGAAACAGAAAUAGAAAAAUUUAAAGCUGAGAACACAUCUUUAGCUAAACUUCGCAUUGAACGAGAAAGUGCCUUGGAAAAACUCAGGAAAGAAAUUGCUGACUUUGAACAACAGAAAGCAAAAGAAUUGGCUCGAAUAGAGGAGUUUAAAAAGGAGGAAAUGAGGAAAUUACAAAAGGAACGCAAAGUUUUUGAAAAGUAUUCUACAGUUGCGAGAAGUUUUCCGGAUAAAAAAGAACGUGAAGAAAUACAACUUAGACCUGUAUUACCUCAUGGCAGUGUCAUGCGCCGGCUCCCGAGCGGUGUCUGCCUCCUCUUUCUCCUGACUUCUGGAUGGCAUGAGGCUUUGAAGCAGCAGAUAGCAGAUUUGCAGGAAGAUUUGAAAAGAAAGGAAGCAAAAUGGUCCAGUACACACGGCCGUCUUAGAAGCCAGAUAGAAAUGUUGGUCAAAGAGAACACAGACCUCCGGGAGGAAAUAAAAGUGAUGGAAAGAUUCCGACUAGAUGCCUGGAAGAAAGCCGAAGCCACUGAGAGCAGCGCCAGGAUGGGUCAGUGCGUGACGGCCUCGAGAAGAGACGGGUCCAUGAAGUCAUCAGUUCGAUUUCAAAAGAGUCAAGUUUCUUCAGGAACCCAGGUAGAAAAGUACAAAAAAAACUGUUUGCCAACACAAGGCAACCCAUCUCGAAGAUCCAAGUCUGUGUCUCGUGAUUUAGGCAAUUCGGAUAAGGGACAAAUAGCCUCACCCAGGGAGCCACCCGAACCAGUGAACUCUCCAGAUCCUGAAUGUAAAGAGGAGGAUGAAAAAGAAGAAAAAGAAGAAAUUCAGGGAGAAAUCAGCCAUCCUGAUGGAAAGAUAGAAAAGGUUUAUAAGAAUGGGUGCCAUGUUAUAUUGUUUCCAAAUGGAACCCGAAAAGAAGCGAGUGCCGAUGGAAAGACGGUCACUGUCACCUUCUUCAACGGCGACGUCAAGCAGGUCAUGCCGGAUGGGAGAGUGAUCUACUACUACGCAGCCACCCUCACCACCCACACCACGUACCCAGGAGGACUGGAAGUCUUACAUUUCUCAAGCGGACAGAUAGAAAAACAUUUCCCAGAUGGAAGAAAAGAAAUCACGUUUCCUGAUCAGACUAUCAAAAACUUGUUUGCCGAUGGACAAGAAGAAAGCAUUUUCCCAGAUGGUACAAUCGUCAGAGGGCAACGAGAUGGCAACAAAAUCAUAGAGUUUAAUAAUGGCCAAAGAGAACUACAUACGGCCCAGUUCAAGAGACGGGAGUAUCCAGAUGGCACUGUUAAAACUGUGUAUACCAACGGUCUUCAAGAAACCAAAUAUUCAUCUGGUCGAGUAAGAGUUAAAGACAAGGAUGGUAAUGUUCUAAUGGACACAAAAUUGUCAUGAGCCUUGUGUAUGGCUAAUCAUGAAAUAACACUAACUUGAUUUUCUUCUUUAAAAAAUGUACAUUUCUUGUGGAUUCUGUGGUUUAAUUUAUGU